AUGGCUAGCGGCUACCGCAAAUACAUAACUCCCAUUAGGGACGAUGAAGAGGAACUUGAGGACCAGCAGGCCAUAGUGCGAAACAGGCUGGGUCAAGCAAACCCUCAAGAACCUACACAACAUCAGCAAACACCAUCCCCUCCUCCCGAGAGCCAUACCAGUCCCACCUCGCAAGGUGGAAACGAUGGACGUGCCACUCACGCCUCUCAAGAAAACGGUCGACGUACCGGGCCGCCAGAGGAUGUGUAG